UCAUGGAGCAAUAUCUCCAAGACUACGGAACAGGAAGAAGAGAACAAGGCCAGUUUGGAAAAGAAGAUGGAGGUUUAGAACGAGCAUAUAACGGGAUUGGAGCUGGUAGGUUUAAAGGCACUGUGGCAUGCGAUGGGCCUUCGAGAGUCGAACUCUGUUUGCUAGGAAUAACUGCAUCCCCUCUAUCUCAGCUAUCUGAAGACAGCAGCGAGGCUGAAUGGCUCUAAUGCAUAAUGAGUGACGGAGAUCUGUGCUUCACUUCUACCAUUUGCACUGAGGUUUGUUGAAGACUAUGAUUGUUUACUGUCAUCAUGCCCAACAGUGGGCUUCACUCAUCGUCUCAGGCAGUGAUAUCGACCGUCACAACAAAUGGACAUAAAUAUCUUUCAGAUCAGCCUGAAGCUUUCUUCUUCCACACUUUACCAACACUACCACCACCAUCAUCAUCGAUAUCCUUGUCUGAUUCUCACAGUCAACAUCCUGCAAUCCAGGUAUCAAGACCUGCGGCUUUCUGCACCAUGCCUUUGCCUUUUCCUUUCCACACCAUCGACACCAAUGCGACAUCCUUUGGGCAGUACUUGAGAGAUCAAAUGUCAAAUCCAGGAUACGUUGAAUACUCGUACACAAGAACCAGUCCACACUCUCUGCCCCACUACUCCCGCCCUUCGGAGAGUAGAUACCCACCACCCUCAAGCUCACGAAGAUACUCACCACCCCCGAGCUCACGAAGAUACGCUUCACCACCAAGAUCACGCAGAUACUCUCCGCCUCCCACCACCAGAGCUUCAAGACCAUACUCACCACCACCCGUCUCAAGAAGCACACGACGACACUCACCACCCCGAAGCACAAGAGGCACACAACGAUAUCCAUCACCCCCAAGCUCGGUAAGCUCAAGAGUAUGGACACUACCCAGCUCAAGCGGCUCACGACGACACUCACCACCCGCAAGAUCAAGAAGAUCCUCACCACCUCCAAGCUUCAGAAGAGGUCCGUCUUCGAGAUAUCGCGAAUCCUCCUUCGACAACCGUGGCGGCCCGUACAUGUCUGGAGGACUAGGGCGUUCGCCACCACCACCCACAAGACCAUCACGAAGACCAUCGCCACCCCCAAGCUUCACAAGAGGCUCGUCUUCGAGAUAUCGCGACUCUUUCGACACCCACAACACUGCGUAUAUGUCAGGAGGCUCAGGCAGACCGCCAAGUAGGGACGAGUAUUCAUGCUGUGCUGAUGACUAUUCAUGCUGUGCGGAUGAUUACUCAAGCAUGUCUUGUCAGGAGCUUGAUGAUAGACUCGAAGCACUCCGGAGGAGGCUGGGGAGACUCUAAAGUGGAUG